CACACGCGGCCUGGACUUUGGGAUCAUUACCGUCUGCUGUACUAUAAAAGCUGCUGCACAGCAUCAGUUGAGCAGAAGCACUGCAGAGUUUUAACUGGCAGAUACUCUCACAGAUCCAACAACCAUGAAGGUCAUCGCUGUUCUGGUUCUGGCUGUUUUCACUGGCUGCAAUGCCAACCUCUUCCAUGCUGAUGCGCCCAAGCCCCAGCUGGAGGUGCUGACUGAUGCCUUCUGGGACUACGUCGCAAAGGCAACUCAGACCGCUGAUGACACGAUCCAGAUGAUCAAGAAGUCUCAGUUGGGACAGGAGAUCAGCGCCCGGUUGACCGAUGGCACUGACAUGGCCAACCAGUACGCCGUCACCCUGCACGAACAGCUCCCACCCGCAGCCAAGGAGCUGAUUGCCAAGGUGAGCACCGAGGCCGACAAGCUGAAGGAGCGCGUGACCCAGGAGCUGAACACCGUCCGUGAGAAGGUGGAGCCUUACGCUAACAACGUGAAGGAACAGUUCAACGAGAGAAUGUUGCAGCUUCAGUCAGAGAUCAACCAACUUCUCGCCAUGGAUUCCGAGACCCUGAAGACCGAGCUCGUGAGGAGAAGCGAAGAGAUCAAGGCCAGCCUUGAGCAGAGCGUGGCUGAUCUGCAAGCUCAGCUUGAGCCCCACACCGGUGAACUGAUGCAGAAGGUGGACCAGCACCUGCAGACCUUCAAGGACAGCAUCUCCCCAGUGGCAGAGAAAGUUCAGGUUGAGCUGGCCCAGAGAGCCCAGCAGAUGAGAGAUCUGGCCACCCCUUACAUCGGAGAGCUGAAGGAUAACCUGGACCCCUACGCCCAGGAUCUCCAGGCCCGUCUCCUUGCCCUCUAUGAGGCCUACAUCAAAGCCAACUAAGUCAACUGCUGCAUUUACAACAAUAAACUGAAAAUGAGUAUAAGGUUCCUUUAGUGACAUGCUCAGUAUCUCAUAAGAGUGGCUACACAAGUUCAUCAGUACCUCCAAAUGUUCAAGCUUUACAGUCAUAGUCGGUGUUGGUCUGUUCCAUGCAGUCUUCCAUAAAAAUUAAAAUAAAGCCUUUCAAAAAAAAAAAAAAAAAAAAGAGCC